AUUGAGACAGUGACCACUGCAGUCACGACUACGGCAACACCUUCGCCUCCUACAACUGUGGUAACAACUAUAGAAGAAACAGCUGUUACUACAACACCGCGGAUUGAGACAGUUACAACUGCAGUCACGACUACACCCACUUCGUCGCUUUCUACAACUGUGGAAACAACUGUGGAAGAAACAGCAGUUACUACAACACCCUGGACUACGACAGUUACCACUACAGUCACGACUACGGCCACACCGACGCCUCCUACAACUGUGGAAACAACUGUGGAAGAAGCAGCUGUUACUACAACACCCUGGACUACGACAGUUACCACUGCAUUCACGACUACGGCCACACCGUCGCCUCCCACGACAGUGGAAACAACUGUGGAAGAAACUGCUCUGACUACAACACCCUUGAUUGAGACAGUAUCCACUGCAGUGACGACUACACCCACUCCGUCGCCUUCUACAACUGUGGAAACAACUGUGGAAGAAACAGCAGUUACUACAACACCCUGGACUACGACAGUUACCACUACAGUCACGACUACGGCCACACCGACGCCUCCUACGACAGUGGAAACAACUGUCGAAGAAACUGCUUUGACUACAACGCCCUUGAUUGAGACAGUAACCACUGCAGUCACGACUACACCCACUUCGUCGCCUUCUACAACUGUGGAAACAACUGUGGAAGAAACAGCAGUUACUACAACACCCUGGACUACGACAGUUACCACUACAGUCACGACUACGGCCACACCGUCACCCCCUACAACUGUGGAAACAACUGUGGAAGAAACAGCUGUUACUACAACACCCCGGAUUGAGACGGUUACCACUGCAGUCAUGACUACGGCCACACCGUCGCCUCCCACGAUAGUGGAAGCGACUGUGGCAGAAACUGCUGUUACUACAACACUGUUGGUUGAGACAGUAACCACUGCAGUCACGACUACGGCCACACCGACUCCUCCUACAACUGCGGAAACAACUCUGGAAGAGACUGCUGUUACUUCAACACUGUUGGUUGAGACAGUAACCACUGCAGUCACGACUACGGCCACAGCGACUCCUCCUACAACUGUGGAAACAACUGUGGAAGAAACAGCUGUUACUACAACACCCCGGAUUGAGACGGUUACCACUGCAGUCACGACUACGGCCACACCGUCGCCUCCCACGACAGUGGAAGCGACUGUGGCAGAAACUGCUGUUACUACAACACCCUGGGUUGAGACA